AAUAUGGAAAGGCUAAACAGCUUUAGACACAUUAACCAAAAAUGGUCAAAUGGAAAGCAUUCCAACGAGCUACUCCAAGCUCAAGCCCACAUAUGGAAUCACAUCUUCAGCUUCAUAAACUCUAUGUCCCUUAAAUCUGCAAUUCAACUAGGUAUACCAGAUGCUAUCAACAAACAUGGUCGCCCUAUGACCCUUUCUGAGCUCACAUCUACCUUACCAAUCCACCCAACCAAAUCCCACAGCGUCCACCGCCUCAUGCGAAUAUUGGUUCACUCUGGCUUCUUCGAUAAGAAACAGCUGAGUGAAACUGAAGGGGAAGGUUAUACGCUUACUGAUGCCUCCCAGCUCCUUCUGAAGGAUCACCCCUUGAGCGUAACCCCCUUCUUAAACGCCAUGCUCGACCCUGCUUUGACCAAGCCAUGGCAUUACUUGAGCACUUGGUUCCAAAACGAUGACCCUACGCCAUUUGACACAGCACAUGGCAUGACGUUUUGGGAUUACGGGAACCAUCAGCCAAGUAUUGCUCAUUUCUUCAACGAUGCCAUGGCUAGCGACGCUCGUUUAGUCACCAACGUGGUAAUUGACGAGUGCAAAGGGGUGUUUGAGGGAUUAGAUUCAUUGGUUGAUGUUGGAGGUGGUACAGGAACUGUGGCCAAGGCCAUUGCUGAUGCAUUCCCACAUAUUGACUGCACUGUACUUGAUCUCCCACAUGUUGUGGCUGACCUGCAACGAAGUAAGAACUUGAAAUACAUCGGAGGUGACAUGUUCCAGGCAGUUCCUCCUGCAGAUGCAGUUUUACUCAAGUGGAUAUUGCACGACUGGAAUGAUGAAGAAUGUGUCAAAAUACUUGAGCGAUCGAAAGAGGCAAUUACAGGCAAUGGCAAGAAAGGUAAGGUGAUUAUUAUAGAUAUGAUGAUGGAGAACCAGAAAGGGGAUGAGGAAUCAAUUGAAACACAGUUGUUCUUCGACAUGCUGAUGAUGGCCCUCGUCACAGGAAAAGAAAGGAACGAGAAAGAAUGGGCUAAGCUCUUCACUGAUAGCGGUUUCAGUGAUUAUAAGAUAACUCCCAUUUUGGGUUUAAGGUCUCUCAUUGAGGUUUAUCCUUGAUAAAUAUGUAUGACAGUGUGUAAAAUGUAAAGCCAAAGGCGCUACCUGGCUGGCUACCUCAGAAAAUAAUGUAGUACGUACUGUUUUUUCUCUAUAAAAAAAUAAAAUAUUUCAUUGCUUGUUA